GACGUGCUAUAAAAGAAGGAGCGCGCAAUCUCCGCGCAUUCUCGGCAUUCUGCUGCGAGGCUCGCCGAAAGGUCCAGACGCUCGCAAGAACGCGUACGUGUCAAGUGCCUUGACUGCGUAUGCAGGCGGUCCGAGCUGAAGGAGCCAGCCAUGACCUCUGCGAUGAUGCUCGUCGUGUGCGCCUCGCUCUUCCUUGCUACCAGAAGCCACGCCGUCAAUACCACUGAUUACUGCCAAAAAAACGACGCAGGUGCUUUUCUGGCAAACGAUACCUGCGACAUGAUAUGCAACGGCACCAAUUCCUCGAAGGGGAGCAGCAAAGCCCCGGACGAAACGAAGUGCCUCCUGUCUGAUAGAAACAACACAGGGGCUAAUGAAGUUGGCGCUACGGCGGAGAGUCAAGGCGAUAAAACGAGAGAGUACGGGGUGUGCCGGAACGACACUUGUGUACAAGUCAACGCGACAAACACGGAGGACCGGACCACUCGAAUCACCAACGGCGCAAAUCUCAACCAAACGACGACAACUCCGAAAACCGGAUCGACCAAUGCUACCAACUCAGCCAAUCCUUCCACGACGAGCAACAGCAGUGCCGCCACGACACCGUCAACAAUGGUUAACCAGUCCACUACAAGCGCACCAGGCAACGUCACUACAACCCCUGCCGGCAGCGGCCAUUCGCGACUCGCAGCCAGCGUUGUUAGCGUGGCACUCGCAAUUGGCGCGCUCAUCUGCCAUGCCACGUAUAUGGAAUAGGAGCGCGCUGUAGUCGGUUGCACCCUAAGAAUAAAUAUAGGCUCCGCCCACGAGGCCGCAUUACCCUUAUUUUGCGUGCCUCCGCGCUGCGAAGGAAACAGUUCACAAAAAAUCGGCGAGUACAGUGAUGGCGUACCCGAGCGAUGCACGAAACACGUGCCGGGUUGGCGCUGCCGAAACGAUGGUACGCGAUAAACUCUCCGACCAAAGCGGCACAAUCACCAGCUUCUACUUCGUCGAAUGACGACUGGCGGGAUCGAGUGACGCUGAGGUACAGCCGCCCAAAUCUUUGACUAUCGUGCGCGAGCGGCGACUUUUCUGUGUACGUGCGAAUAACAGUACGAAAGACCUUCUUUUGGCAGAAACAAGCAAUACAAUAAAAUACGGAUGACGGCUGCCACUGCAGCGGUGCCUCGAGCGACUCUCGUCUCAGCAAACCAUUCGAUAGUCAUCGAAAAGAGCGGCCGCGGUUGGGCGCGCAUUUUACGCACGGACAGUGGAGCAUUUUACUUUUUAUUCUUAGGCUGCCGCCGACUAUAAAGUGUUGGCCUCGAUGACGAGAUGUCGCGUGCAUGUGACGGCGCGCUUAUAACGCAGUGCUUGAAAACAUUCCUCCGGCAUUUGCCUCUAAAUUGGCACUGGUAUUUAAAGCGAAAGCCUUAUGUGCCUCACUAAACACGAAAUUUGACCGUC